GUGUGAGCUGAAUGUACUGUGCAGUGCAGCGCCUGAGUAUGACUGUCUGUAGCUCUAGCUGCCGUGUGUGAGUUAGAUGAGUUGUUUUCGCUGUGAGAUUUAUAUAAUAAACAUGUAGGUUUUCUGCCUGAGAAGCCAAACUCUGUUUAGACCAGUAAGAGCUGAACGGUGUUUUCUACACGCAAAGUCCACAAUGGAGGUGCUGAUACAUCUCUGUCACCACAAACUACACACCUUACUGCCCAGAGCCCUGAGCAGAGCAUGCAGACGAAGCCACCACUGCACACCACAGCCUUCCCCAUCGAUACAUACUCCCUCCAAACCAGUCAUGCCUACCCCGCUGGUAUCACGUCUCUUCCAGCCGUCAAACCUCCGCGAAGGCCAGGAAGCUGGAGAUAUGACAUGCCGAAGCCAGAGGCUGAUGCUGCAGGCAGGCCUCAUUCACUUAUCUAACCCAGGCUGCUUUUACUACCUCCCUGUGGCUCUGCGUUCCAUGGAGAAGCUAGUAAGGCUUAUUGAUGAGGAGAUGCAAGCCAUUGGUGGGCAGAAAGUGGACAUGCCUGCGCUGUGUGGGGCAGAACUGUGGAAGCGCAGCGGACGCUGGGAGCUCAUGGGGAAGGAGAUGUUCAGGCUUCAGGAUCGACACAAUGUCGACUACUGUCUCGGCCCAACUCACGAAGAGGCCGUUACAGAGCUGUUGGCUUCACAGAGCACACUGUCCUACAAACAGCUGCCGCUGCUUCUUUAUCAGGUGACAAGGAAGUUUCGUGAUGAGCAGAAGCCUAAGUUUGGAUUGCUACGUGGUCGAGAAUUCUACAUGAAGGACAUGUACUCAUUUGACGUAAGCGAGGAGGCUGCUCUGCACACGUAUCACUCCGUGUGUCAUUCUUACAGGCGCAUCUUGGACCGACUGUGUCUAAAGUGGGUACAGGUGCAGGCUGACACGGGCAACAUUGGAGGAACGCUCUCCCAUGAGUUUCAUUUGCCGGCUGAUAUAGGAGAAGAUCGUCUGCUUAUGUGUGGGAAUUGUGAUUUCUCUGCUAAUGUAGAAACCGUGGCACCUGGGCAAACUGACUGUCCCCAGUGCCAUACAGGUACAUUGACUGAGUCAAAAGGCAUUGAAGUGGGACAUACUUUCUACCUUGGCACAAAAUAUUCCAAAGUAUUCAAUGCCACAUUUACUAAUGCUCAGAACAAGCUUUCAGUGUCAGAAAUGGGUUGUUUUGGCCUUGGUGUUACUCGAAUCCUUGCUGCAUCUAUUGAGGUUCUUUCCUCUGAAGACUCCAUUCGCUGGCCUGGGCUGAUUGCUCCUUAUCAAGUCUGCGUCCUUCCCCCCAAAAAGGGCAGCAAGACCAAUGAAGCUACUCACAUGGCAGAGAAACUUGUUGAAAGCUUAGAAAAUAAUUUACCAAAUCUAAAAGGAGAGGUGGUCCUGGAUGAUAGGACCCAGCUGACCAUUGGGAAGCGGCUAAAGGACACUAACAGGCUAGGCUACCCCUACGUAGUGGUGGUAGGGCAGAAGGCCAUGGAGGAGCAUCCUGUGUUUGAGGUACUGUGUCAGAAAAGUGGGGAGACGAUGUUCCUCAGCACAGAUGGCCUUCUGGACCUCUUGGGUGGAGUAGAGACAAUAUAAUUUAAUGAUACUUAAGUAAGUAAUAUUUCUAAAAACAGUUUGUGCACAUAUUGAAAAUACGUCUCAUACAUAUUAAGAUAAUGCUAUGUGCUUAUAACUGAUUUUUAAAAAAUAAAAUAAAUAUGC